GGCAUCACGCUUGCUCGUCUUGGCUCCAGAGGGCAGAACGAGGAGCAGCCGGUAGACUUCAGCUUGAUGCAAGGGGAAAAUUGCUUAUAAUUCGACUUGUUCAAAAGUGGACUGGAUCACCCUGGGAGGUCGCUGGCUCCCUCCUACUGGAGGUGUGUGGGUGCAGGCUGGGUGAUCACUUGUCAGCUUCUUGCCUUGCUUUGCACGAGGCCCCUCCCAGCUCUGACAUCCUCUGCCCCGAAGGCCCGCCCAGCUCUGUUUUCGGUCUGGGAGGCCUGGAGGGCUGGCAGUGGGGAGCGGUGGAGCUCAUCUCCUAUCGGGGUACAGCAGGAGCCAACGCCCUGAUAGGCAAAGACAGCGCUCCUUUCCUGCAGCACAGCUCAGGCAGCGUCGGGGACCCACUGGGGACGAUGUCUGGCCUGAUUCUGCCUUCCACCCUUCUCUUCAUCUCUGCCCUGAGCCCUGGCUCCCAGACCUGGGGCCUGCAUGUGACCUCUGGCCCACCUUCAGUGACUGCGCCCGUGGGGGGUACGGCCCACCUGCCCUGCGAACACGACGGGGGCACCAAUGCCAACGUGACUUGGUGGCGUGUCAUCAUGGGCAACUUCACAUGGCCCAAGGUCCAGGUGGAGAAGCCCACUCAGCCCAACGGGACUCUGGUCUUCCGGGAAGUGAACAAGAGUGAUGCAGGCAUGUAUCUAUGUCAGGUCUCUGUCCCAAGGGAACCGGUCUUGGAGUCCUGCGGCACCUACCUCAGGGUUCGAGAGCCAAUACCCAGACCCUUCUUGGACAUGGGAGAAGGCACGAAGAACAGAAUCAUCACUGCAGAGGGAAUCAUCCUGCUUUUCUGUGCUGUCGUCCCUGGCACACUUCUGCUCUUCAGGAAGCGUUGGCAGAAUGAGAGGUAUGCUGAGGAUCACCUGGACUAUUAUGAUGACGAGAACCUUUAUGAGGGCCUUAACCUCGACGACUGUGCCAUGUAUGAGGACAUCUCCAGGGGCCUGCAGGGGACCUACCAAGAUGCCACCACCCUCAGGGUGGGAGACGUCCAGCUGGAGAAGCCAUGAGGGCCCUGCCCAAAGCCCCAACCCCCCCUCCCCCAACUGCCCCCUUCAGGUUUUUCUGACUUUGUCCCACUCUCAGUUUCCUCAGAAGUGGCUUUGACUAGAUGGUAUAAAAGGUCCCCCCCAGCCCUGACGUUUCUUAUUCUAAGUCUCCCCUAGCUGCUCUGACAUUCCCUGUUCUGUUUCCUAAGUCUCUGAUACCUGUUCCCCUCUCCCAUGAUACACCCCUUUCUCUGUCCCACUCAUGCCUUAACUCCUGACCCCUUGUAACUUACUCCCCAGUAAUUCAGGAGAUGCCUGAAGCAGGAUCUCUGGAAGGCCCCCUUCCCCCAAGCUUUGUCAUACCUACUAAGAUAAUAAAUCUGUGGCCCACUGGGAAGGAAGGCUCCAUUCCCAGCGGGAGACGGACUGAUGGCCUGCA